AUGCUCAGGCAGACCCUCAAUACGUAUUUGAACAACAUUCGACAACCAGUAAGCUUCGACGAAUCGAAGCGCUUUACGGAGGAGAUCGAAUCACAUUUACAUGGGAUACCGGAGUGGACUGCAGCCAGCUCGAGAAUACCCUCCGCGAUGCUGUCCCUCAAUCUGCGCCAGUAUCUUCUCAUUCUGCACGACAGAAACCUACGAGUUGGCGGGUCGAGAGCGGAAAAGAGCUUCUCGCGGACGAUCCUGAUCGAAACCGCGACCAAGAUGCUAGAUAUCCACAAGUCACUAACUAGCAAAGGCAUCUACGCAUUAGAACUCCUGUUGCAAGAUCAACUCCGAGCAGCCCUCUCACUGUGCCAUAUUGGCUCUCUCAACCCACAUGCGGACGAUGCCUUGAGUCGCGCCAUUGUCGAAUCAGCGCAUCGACAAGUACCCGACGCGAUCGAAAUGCUGACUGAUAAGAUCAUCCGCUUCGGCCGAGAGUUGCGACAGCUCUGGAUCUUGUUGGCCGCACAUGGGUACAUGAAGUCGAAGAAAGAUCCGAGCAGAAGAGUCGUGUAUAUGCAGGAAGCAGUAGACGGAAUUACGGGGCCGUACUACAAGAUCAUGGCUUGCCAGGAAGAUGCGCCUGCACAAAUGAGUGGUGCAGCUCCGCCGCCUCGGGAGCUACCUACUGCUCCUCUCGAAUACUACCCACCUUCACAGCAAGCGAUAGAUACCGGAAUGCCACCUCCCGAUCCCGGUGCCAUGUUGGAUCUGGAUGACAUUGCUGCAUGGACAUUCGAGGACUGGUCUUUCAGUCCAGCUGAUCUGGCCGCGGCCUUCCCGGAAACGUAUCCUCCACCUGCAAUGCCGAACAAUAGCACACCAUCUCCGCCGACUUGA